UAUGCAGUCUUUAAGCAGAUGGGUUGUUUGUGGAGGGCCUCAAAAUCUAGGCUCACUUCUAUAGUCCGAGCGACUAAAAACAAGGUUCAAAUACAUAAGAUUAAGCUUAGCAACAUCCAAUCUUCAUCUGCUUGGAACAGUUGGGUGAAAGCUAGAUGCACCACAGAUUUUAAGGUUAUAGUUAAUGAUGCUUGAUUACUUAUACGAUGUUUUUAGAUAAUAGUUAUGUCAUCUGACGGUUGAUGUUAAUAGGCACAAAGUGAUAAAUACAUGACACUUAGGAAGAUUCAAAUUCCGCACACAACAAGCCGAAAAGGCAUGACUCGCCUAGCUCAUGAGAUGGUAUGUUUGUCUUAUUUUUUUAAUUGGGAAGUUGUGAAAGUAAUGACUUUAUUUACACCUACUUGAUCGAACUUGUAGAAAAGAAACAGCGAUGAUCCUAGGAAAGUUACAAGAACUAAGGUUUGGGUAGCAGGACAUACACGUUCAGAUGGGAGACCUGUGAAUGAAGAACACACUCAAACUAUUGUAAGAAUAUUAUGAAUUCUUAUUACUUAAGGUUGAAGACAAUUUCAUAAUGUCUACGUUUUUUCUUUGCAGGAAAAGGUCACGACAAUUGACAGUGAAAUGGAUUCAAACUCCUCGGAUAACAUUGGAGAAGAUGUUGUGAGUCAAGUUCUUGGAAAAGAGAGACCAGGAAGAGUUAGGGGGAUGGGCAGAGGGGCUACUAUUACGAAGAUGGCUUACUUACAGGUUAGAGACUUACAUGUCCAGAAGCUUGAAGCUACGCAAGCGGAAUUAAUUACCAAGCUUGAAAAGUUGCAAAAUGUGGUUAUAGACUUAGCUGGUAAAAAGGUAACUUUCUUAUACACUUGUUUCAUUAUUUUAACUUUGGUGUUUCAAUAUGAUUCUUACUUGUCUUUUUUUUCUUUUGAUAAACUUCCUAGACACAAAAGAUGAUGUUUCUAGUUCUGAAAGAAGCGAUGUUAGCAAGAGAGGAAUAAGGUGCCAGCUACUGGAUUGGAUGUCGACUGAUGAUGUGGUUGUAGGUGAAGGAGAAUACUACUCAAGUGAACCCACAUAUAAGAUUGGUCGAAUUCCCCUAGGUCCUAAUGCGGCAGCUGUAGUUGUCAACUCUGUAGCAGUCCAAGAUGCAUGUGUCUGGAGACCAACUACAAGUAUUGGAUCACUUGCUGAAGCUGUAGGAGUUAAAAUUGCAUGGCCAUCUGACAAGUUAAUAUUGGACGAUGAUAUUGACGUCUCAAAACAUGCUAACACUGUCGGGUCAGAGGUAAAAUGAAAUUGCUUGUGUUCUUUUCAAAUUCACAUUGAAUAGAUUACUAAUAUAUAAUAUAUAUUUUGGACGCUUCAUUAGACUAUGGAUGCAUCAAUAGGAAGAGUACAAAUAUUUGAUUACUGGAAUGUAGAAGAUGAGUUGAUUGCUCAGGGUGUACUGUUGUCAACUGAACCUAACAAAUUGGUGAACGAUAUUCCGCUUGGACCGAAUGCUGCAGUUAUUAAAGUUGAACUAGUUGUUAAAAAUUCUGCUUUCCUAUGGAGACCAGCGCCUGGAAUGUCAAAGAUGGGUGAUGCACUACAUGAGAUCAUUGCUUGGUCAAUUGAUAGGACACGACUAUCUGAUACUAUAGCUGAAUCAACCAAGAAAUCUAAUCAGAGUACUAGUAACAGCACUGGUAGUAGCAACAAAGUUGGUAAACAGAAGUGUGCUCUUUUGGACUGUGAUAACUCUGGACAGACAGUUGCCUGGGGUCGUGUGUUUGUGUUUUCAACAGAUCCAUCGGACAAGGUUCAUUUCAUCCCUUUAGGUCCCAAUGCUUCAAAGGUAUGGGUAGAGGUUUCCAAGAUCGAUGAUGCACGAGUGUGGAGACCAAACUCUGAAGUUGAAGUCAUAGCUGAUGCAGUAGGAAACACAGUAGUGUGGCCUACUAAUAAGGUUGUUUUCAUAUGAGUGAUGAGUUGUGAAAUUUUGAACUAUGCAUGUUUUAGUAUUUUGUCAUAAAUUAUAAGUUUCAUGUAAUGUUGAACUUUUAAAUGUUUGUAUCUUAUUAUAAUAAAAUGUCUAUUUUCUAAAUCCCAAAUUUAUGUGUCUAAAUAUAUUAAAAAAUAUUUAUAUAUAU